GGCCCGUCAUGGCGGCUGCUGAGGGGCUGGGGGUCAGCGAGGAGGAGGCGGCCACACGGAGCCGGUGGGAGAGCGAGCAGUCCCUCCUGAAAGAAAGCCUGAUCUGCUCCAACACAGAACCCUGGCAGGUGCUUCCAGACUUCCCGGGAUUGGAGCGAGUUGGAGGGGUCGACAUCUCCUACAGUAAAGAAGAUGACACCAUUGCGUGUGCGUCCCUUGUGGUCCUCAGUUAUCCAGAUCUGGAGGUGAUCUAUGAGGACUGUCACAUGGUGCCCCUUGAUGCCCCCUAUGUUGCAGGUUUUCUGGCCUUUAGAGAGGUGCCAUCCUUAUCAGAAGCUGUACGCAGUCUGAUGAAAACCAAUCCAAGCCUGAUGCCUCAAGUUCUCUUUGUAGACGGCAAUGGCGUUCUGCAUCACAGGGGGUUUGGAGUGGCAUGCCACCUCGGGAUCCAAACCAGCCUGCCAUGCAUUGGGGUCGCCAAGAAUCUGCUGCAAGUAGAUGGUCUGGAGAACAAUGAAGCACAUAAGGAACAGAUACGACAGCUGAAGAAUGGAGGGGACUUCUUUAACCUGACCAGCAGCUCGGGCAGUGUUCUUGGUACGGCUUUGAAAAGUUCUGAUAAAAGCUCCAAACCCAUCUACAUUUCAGUGGGUCACAAGAUUAGCCUGGAGUCUGCUGUGCACCUGGUGCAUUCCUGCUGCAGGUACCGAGUGCCCGAGCCAAUCAGACAGUUGUCCUGCUAUGUGACAUAUGGACUUGUGUUUGCAUGGCUGUCGGUGAUACUUUGGCUGAUUACAGGGAUAUUUCCCAGUUCCUGUGUCUGGAAUGGCGUUUUCCAGUAACGUCCUCGUGUGUGCCAAUCACUCAGUUCUUUGUGUUUGAUCAGAGUGUCACCUGGAAGAUUGCACGUUCACAGAGGGAGAGCUAAAAUGUGCUUUUCUAACCAAGCCUGCUGUCACCAGACUGGAGAAAUGUGAUUCAGCUCCUUGAUUUGGAGGCAAUUAUUGUAAUGUUACUAUUUUUGGUGGAAAUGUCCAUCGAAGGGAGCCGCAAUCAGCCUGACGUGCAAACCACCUACAAGAACUGCAAGAGGACUUCGUCCUGUAUCCAUGCACAACCAUUCAUUAAUCUUUCACUGACUCAUGUACUUCACCUGAACUAGAUAGAAACUCCACCAAGCUGUGGGCGUCCUUCGCGGGGAGGGCUCCCUCAUUAAUACGUCUGCGUUGCCCAGACCCAGCAGAAUUACCGGAAAUAAGACUCCAUUAUACACCAGCUGCAUGUUUUCAAUUCAGGUAGUUCUUAAAGUAAUUAAAAUUCCCAGCCAGUGUCCGUGAAUAUUAGGGUGUACACAGCACUUAAAGGGGUCUGCCAUCAAGUGUUUUCCUUCCUCCGUCAUGUAACAUUGUGAAACGCGUCGGUACCUUGUGUCGAUAUUUUUUUAAAGUUAGUUCAGCAUAUUGUUGUUACAAUUCAUCUUCCUGGACAUUGACUUUCUGCUGCUUAGUGAAAGCCGUGACCGCACACAUUACGUCCUUUAUUGUUGGAUCCGUAAGGCCAUUGCAGAGAUGAUGGUCUCUUCCUCUGGUCUUCUCAGUGGACUCCCUCCCAGUAUUGGUCCCCUUUUAUGAAUAUAUUAAGUGGGAUCUUUUGUGACAACCAAGCAGUGUGAUGUAGAAUGAGUCUUUAGUUUAUCUACCAUGAUAGUUGGCUUGGUUCAAAGUGUCAUUUUAAAGGGACCCUCCAAACACCAUAAGCACUUCAGAUUAUUGUAUCAUUGUAGAGUAUUGCACCAUGUAAACUGCAUUGUCCAGUGAAAGGAUUCUCAGGGUGCGUCCAUGUAAACUGCAGUAGAAGAUAAACUCCCAUAGUGCCUUGUCAGCAUUAUGGGGCCUGUUCUGAAACAGCUAAAGAGCUGCCUAUUGGCCACCCCUGAUACAGCACAUGAUCUCAAUGGGGUUAAUUCAAGUUAAAGGAGAAUCGUAGGGAAUUGACAAUUUUUUGGAUAAAAUUGCCAAACACAUAGAAAUUCAUAAAUUAAACAACUUUUCGAAUCUUGCCAUUUUGGCAUGAAAUGUGUGAUUUUAUUAUCAAUUCUAUGUAAUUCCUAGUUUAGUAAAUAAACCGAUAUCAAUACAUUACACAUGGGAGCAAAUAGAUUUAGGAAACAAAUAUUCUAUUUUAUUAUCUCUGACCGGUUUGUGGCAUUGCUGUGUAUCUCCAAGUCCAAAUGGUCAACUACACAGGAGAGCAUUUUAUUGGCAAUACUACACCAUGCUAUGAUGUCACAGGUCUGAAGGUUAUCAAUGAAGACUCCUAAUUGGCAAUACUACGCCAUGCUAUGAUGUCACAGGUCUGAAGAUAAUCAACUAAGACUCCUUUUUCUAAUUAUCCAUUCUUUGUUUCACAAAACUGUUAAUGCAGAAUAUGUAACAUUACAGUUUGCUCUGUGUUUGAUUGUUAAACCCCCUGAGUACUAGAUGGUUAAUAAGCAAUUUUUCUUAACAAACUGCUAAUCCGUAUGGAUCAUCUAUAAUCCAAGAAGAUAGAUUGGUUAAUUACCAGUAACAAGAGACCAAGUGGACUGUCCUAGGUAUGUAGACUGAAUACCAAGUUGGAUGUAGAGAUGUGGGUUGAGUAAAGGUACAUAAGAACAUAUUUGACCUCUAUGUGUUUAAUAAUGGCAGAGGUUAUAUAUAAACCAAAUUAAUGAAGAGAAUAUGGCCAAUCCCUUUAACACUGCGGCAGGAUAAAUCGAUAGGCACUUUGCAGUAGUACUCCCCACCAGCAGCCCUUAUUGCCUGCCGAUUGGGGCAGAACCUGUGGACUUAGAGGUCCUAUUAAAGUCCAAAGAGGCCAUUGCAGAUAAUUCAGCUGGUAAUUUUAAUUCUUUGUCUUUUCGGUAGAUCAUGUUAUAUUCUGAAACUUUAUAUCUUCCU